AUGUCCGAAAGCGAAAGCCCCGACUUUGCGAACGCCAAGAAAUUCCGAGCUUGCACUAGUUGUGCUCGCCAGAAAAUUAGGUGUAGAUGGCCACCGGAAUCGGGAAACAGCGAACGAACCGAUUGCUUGAGAUGCUCUCGGAUGAGCAUAUCGUGCCGCGUACCAGACCCCGUCCCGAGGAAGAAACGCGGCAAGUCUAGGCAAAGCAGUCGUGUCUUGGAACUGGAGAAGAAGAUAGAUGGCCUAGUCAACCUCUUUCAGUCUCAGCAGCAGGCCCAGGAAGACCACGGCUUGAAAUCAAGUGCGACAGGCCCAGAAGGUGAGGCUCGGCACCUGUCUCCAGACAAUGCGGUGACACUGCCUGGUCUCCACCAAGCCCCAAGCUGUCGUACUACAUCAAGCGGCAUUCCCGCCAGCACCCCAGAAUCCCAUAUAAUUUCAGUGCCAGAUUCAAGAUAUUCAGACGCUACCUUUUACCUGGUCCCAGGCUUUAGCAUCUCCGUUGCAAAGGCAGAAGAAUACUUGGACAUCUACCGAACACGAUUGGUUACCAAUUUCCCCUUCGUACCUGUCCGACAUGACAUGACAGCCAUAGAGCUUCACGAUACGAAGAAGUUCUUGUUCUGGUGCAUAAUGCAGGCUGUUGUGCCCCAGACAGCGUCUGUCCAGAAGGCAGUUGACGAUUGGGUCCGCCGGCAUGCGGCCAUGCACGUCGUUGUCUUAGGGGAACAGUCGAUCGAACUACUCCAGGGACUUCUGGUCUACGUUGCUUGGGGUGACCUUCACUUUCAGAUGGGUACCAAUGCCUACUCACUGCUACAAAUGGCAAUCGGCAUGGUGAUGGAGAUGACCUUAUUCUCCUUUGGAGGCUUCAUGAGCUGGAUGCCAAGAUCUUCACUACCCGAAGCAUGGGCUCUCCUAGGUCGAGGCAACCAGAUCGAGUCAACGAAACAAACCCUCGAAGAGCAAAGGGCAAUCCUAGGCUGCUACUUUGUCGCAUCUAGUAACCCGGCAGCCAUGCGAAAGUACUCGCAAAUACAAUAUAGGCCACAAAUCGCUCGAUGUUUCAAAGCCAUUCGCGAGGCCUCUGAACUGCCCUCUGAUGCGCAACUACUUGCGCUUAUCCGGCUGCAAAAUAUCGGAGACCGCAUUCGCUCGGUGUAUCCAAAUACCGACAAAGACGAGGGAAUAGCUGUGCCAAUCUUCCGAGAACAUUUUGCUGCGGUCUUGUUGUCGAUUCGCAAGGAGAUAAUUGCCUUGGAGUCGGAGGAGCCUAUUAUAAACAGAAACCAACCAAUGUUAUGGGCUCACUACCAGGCAUUGAUGGUCAAACUAUAUGAGCCUUGUAUAGGCAUGCGUGCAGCAAGGCCCUCCGAGGCGACGUCUCUCACAGAGCCACACAGCAGGACCGAAGCGCUUUGGUGUUGCUUACAAGCAGUUGAAAAUGCCGCGAAGGCUUUGCUGGACAUAUCGGUAGAAAAGUUCGCAUAUCUACCAUUCAACUCGGUCGCAGACUUGGCAUUCACAAUGACGACAUCGCAUCGACUUCUGCUGGAGCGUGCAGCUAGCGACUGGGACGUGGGACUGGCACGGCAGAAACUGGACAUGGCGGAGCUAACCCGUCAGCUGGGAGACAAGCUUGAAGAGGCGGACAACGUAGCUCUCGUCGUCGGCCAAAAACGGCGGGUGUUCGAAGACAAUAGCUCGAGAUGGUCCAACUAUGCUUACCGGGCCAGAUGGUUACGGCAGUUGUACCUUUCUAGAAUGGCGCCGCCUGUGGAAGAGCAAACACCCAGCCUGGCGCAACUGGACUCUGGUCCGAUUGUCAUCAUUGGAUAUGACGAGGAAUGGUCAAUGAGCUACAACUCCGCCGAGACCGGAUCACCUGCCUAUACAUUAGACUCUGUACCGACGUUGUAUUCUUGA